AUGGAUCAGAAUACUGUGCCAUCACUUAAAUUCCUAACUACACGAGACAUAGCUCUGAAGCUGUUUAUAACUAACAUAAGAUGGAGAAAAAUAAAGGAUGUAGCUUACGAGCUGGGCGAUGUAUUGAAGACUAUGCGAGUUCCUAACCAACUACGCGAAAUGAUUCGCGAGGCGAUUGGAGAAGUUCUUCGCGAAGUCCGCCGCUGGGAUGAUAAACAUAAAGAAAUGUUUUGCGAGAGCAAAAAAAGCGGGAGAGUCAUGAACAAGGCAGAACAUUUGCGAUUUUUUUAUCGUCAUCUUUUGUGGAAGCACUCAUCGUUUCUGAUAGAAGAUCUUGAGACAGCUAAACAUCUCAUGGAGACCCAGUGCUCCGACUGGCCACAAAUGCAGUUCCAGUUCGCUUGCUUGUAUGCUCUGACAGAUUGGAUUGAAGAUGCUAGACGUUUUGAUAAGUAUAGAUGUAUAACAUUCCGAAAGCAAUUGGGGGAGCAUCCGGUUUAUGAUUUUUGGUUGACUCUCAUGACUAGCGAUUGGGACAUAUUCUUCGACACAGAAACGAGACUUGCUAACCAGAAACUUCAAUUGGGUUUAAAGUUUGCCAUUACGCAUGGAUAUUACGAGCUUAUGCGAUAUAUAUGGGAUAAGAUUGGUAAUGCAACAAAGGAAUAUAUUGGUCUAUUACAAUGGAGAGCAAUGUGUUUCCGUGCUCAAGAUCGAGAAACUAUGAGAUUUUUAUGCGAACGGUUAUGUGAAAUGAAUCCAAUUGGUGUAGCCAGGAUAUCUUGGACAGCCUUUUGGAGUACAUUUUAUGAUAUGAUAAAUAAUGAAAAGAGUGAUGUGGUUGUUCAAAAGCAGUUCAAAAGACGUUUCGAAUUCUUAAUUGAAAACUGUUGUCCAGAGCUGAGACGGAGACUUCUUGGAAUGGAAAACUUCAGAGUGGUUGCUGACUCGUUCCGUUAUAAUCAAGCUGAUACGUUUGCCCUGCUAUUGGACCACAUGGAUGCGGAACAACUGAGAAACGCGAGAGAAAUAGUGGAUAGGAUUCACGGGCGAAGACAAAGCAUUGAAGGAACGAACUUAAGAAAAGCAAUGAUCAGAAGACAAAUGACCACAACGGACUAA